UUUCCUGAAUUCAAAGUCAAGCCCCUUCCUGAAUUUCCCAACCGCAAGAGCCCAUCUCCCAAAUUCUCCCUCUAUAAAAGUUUUUUCAUUCUCGAAUCUUUAAAGAUAAACGAUGGCAGAGCAUUGGGUUCUGGCAUGCCACGGACUGGCCACACUGCUAGCGUUGGUCUCCUUCCUCUGCGGCCAAUGGCCUAUCUUCCAGGGCACUCCCAUCGAGCGCCUCCACUACUUCCUCACCUUUGGAGCCUACGAAUACUUCUUGCGUUUUAUAGGGACCGUGUUUGGGAGUAAGGGCACGAAUUUCAUUCUCUCCAUUGAGCAUUUUUGCUGUGAUCGCCCUAACCCUACCUUGCAGGUUUUGUAUUUGGCAAUUAUUGGAGGAACUUAUUACUUCAUUGUAACUUCAUCUUUUACCUAUAUUCCUGGGUAUUAUUUAAGUGAAAUCCACAGGUACACAAGCUUUUUGGCAGUUGCUGUUGGUGUUCUACUCUUUCUAUUGACUAGCUUUUCUGAUCCGGGAACUGUGAAUGUUGAUAAUGUCUCAGAAUAUCUCUCUGCCUAUCCAUAUGACAAUAUCAUAUACGCAGAGAAAGAAUGUUCUACUUGUAAAAUUCCCAAACCUGCUCGGUCCAAGCACUGCAGCAUAUGUGAUCGCUGUGUUGCGCGGUUUGACCAUCAUUGUGGAUGGAUGAAUAAUUGUAUAGGGGAGAGAAAUACCAGAUACUUCUUAGCUUUUUUGUUAUGGCAUUUCCUUCUUUGUGUAUAUGGAACAAUCGCACUAGGUUUGGUUCUUGCAGGGCGGUUGAAAGAAUUAAGGGUCAUAUAUAUUCUGACAGUUUACUAUGGCAUUGAAAAUUCAUUCCGUAGUUUAGCUCCGCAUGUUGUUCAGUGGCUGUUGGGCUCAUAUAACACUCAAAUACUUCUUAUGGUGUUUCUUGCCAUAGUUUCUCUCUUAUUGGCAGGAUUUAUCGGAUACCAUGCCAACCUGUGUCUCAUGAACACCACAACAAACGAGACCUUCAAGUGGCAAGAGUACAUAAACUGGCAAAGGAAGCUAAGUGAAGCAAGAGCUAGCGCUGCAGCACUUAAAGCAAGCAUCAGUGGGAUGAGUAGCGAAGCAAAGCGUCCAGCAAGCAAAUGUAAAGCCUUUUUCCAAAGAUCCCCUCUUGAAGAUGUUGAAGUGGUUGGUAAGAGAAACAUGUACGAUAAAGGAUAUUUUCACAAUCUUUGUGAGAUAAUCUUUCCGCUCUCAACAAGGCGAUCAUUUUUGCAAAAAAAGUCUAAGUAGGGUCUUUCUUCAGCAUAUGGUUGGUCGGUGCCUCAAAGGAAAUCGUUGAUAGAUUGUUCUGGAGCUGGAGCGCCUCAUAUUUCAUUGUGUGUGCAGGCUCAUAUAAGGUAAGAUAAGAGUUUGCUAUGUUGGUGAAAUUUGGUGGUUACUUUAUCAGAUGGACAAUAUAUAAUUUUUGUAAGAACAACAUUUUAAGAGUACAUAAAUUUUCUCGUCAUAAAAUAUAUCUUGAGUGAAUUUCCCUUGCGCUAGGAGCAAGUUGAAUCAA